AUGCAACAUGAUGAAAUUGUAGCCAUUCUCGGGCAUGAAUUGGGUCAUUGGUGUGAGUACCAUUCAAUGUGGAUGUUUAUUUUUGCUGAGUUGAAUAUGCUUCUUGUAUUUUUUGUUUUUGGUUCUUUACAUCAACAAUCCAAUUUAUAUUUGGCAUUUGGUUUCCUUUCAUCGGCACAACAACCUUCUCUAAUUGGAAUUCUUCUAGUCAGUCAAUAUGUUUUUGCACCUUACAAUGAAUUAAUGUAUUCGGCUGCGUGUUUUAUGAAGCGUCGCUGUGAAUUUGCUGCUGAUGCUUUUGCAGCUCGAUUGGGAUUCGUCUCGCAGCUGAGCACUGGGCUUGUUAAACUGGAAGAGAACAAUUUGUCGAGUCCUAUCAACGAUUGGCUCUACUCUGCUUGCAAAUAUUCGCAUCCUCAGGUUAUUGAAAGAUUAGAAGUACUUAGGAAAUUUAUGUGA